GUUUUGAUUGCGACGAGCUCACCUGUUAGCCACCUCAUCUCUCAGCUGUCUAGUCGUGACAGUGCCAACGAUUCCACAGCCCGGCUUCCAGCACCCGAUUACCGUCGCCAGCGGGAUACCCAAGAUCACGAUGGCAGCCAACAACCUCCAGCACAUCCCUCUUAUCCCGCCGCCAGACUACUCACCUGGUCCAAGCAGGGAGGAAAUCGAGUCUGAGCGUGCGCGAGCUGCAGCGGCCUCGCGAACCAUCAGCACAGUCACCAUCCCGACUUCGGCAGAAGUGGCGGCAGCACCAGCACCGGCGACUGGUGAGGGUCAUGAUCGAGACCGUACUGACGCCUGGCCGGAUGACGAGGAGGGAGCUGGGUAUGCAGCCGCUGAGCAAGAGACAAUGCCCCCGCCUUACUCGCAAGGUGGUGGUGGUGGUGAUGAUGACGUAGCGGAGCUUAGUCGAUCUGCAAACAUGGCCGGCCCUGCUGCCACUGGGGACAGGAAGAUUGUGCCAUCCCAGGACCACCAGGAGCUAUAUCCCUCCCGCGAUCACGCUUCUUCAGCUUCGUCCUCCGCGCCAUCGACAUCCACUUCGCGACCGCCGGCGUCAGAGUCAGCGCCAGUGUCCUCGUCAUCAUCAUCAUCAUUCCUCCGCCAUCCGCUCCGCCUCUUCGAAGAACGCCGCCGCGAAAAGGAGUCCCAGAAGAAAGUUGACUACUACCAGAAGCAGUACGGCUUCGUGCCCAAGAACGUCAUGUCCGAGGCCGAGUGGCGCGCCGCCAGGGACGCGGCGCCCAAGGAGAAGGUCAAGUUCAAGAGGCCGGGCGGCCUUGUGAUUUUUGGGCUUAGAUAUGCCGCCGAAAAUCGCGGACGUAAAGUCACGCGACUAGCAGCCUUCGGGCAACCAUAGUCCCACGCUAAUGCGGACAAGUGGGAAGGCGCAGGAAGUAGCUAGCUAACAAGAAGACGAAGAUUGGGUCCCCGGAGCUUCCUAUAACAUGAACGCCCGCCCGGCUCUGUCCAUUUCAGACAUGUCAGGUUCGGGCUACUCAGGUGUCACUUAUGAGUCC